CGCAGAAUUUUGACAGCUGACAUCUGAGUGUGUGUAUGACGUCUUCGAAGUGACAAAAAUUGUAGUUUUUUGUAAGAGAAAAGGAAAAAUAAGAAUUUACGCUUUCAUAUACGUAGUUUUCGCACUUGUUCAAGUUCUGCUGAUGCAACAAAGAAUUACAUAAUUCUGCGUACUAAUGAGACAAGUGCUGUGUGUCAAUUUUAGGUGGUGUCGAUCGAUUGAAUCGGAUCGUGUUUCUCCUCUCUUCCGGAUCGCAUUUCCUGGUUAGACUGGAGGGCAGACGACACAAUUGGUGGCUGUGGCGUGGCUCCAUCAACUGCAGCUCCCCUGACAAUGGCUUUCAAUGAGGGUAGGCUCAAUGAAAAAAAGAGGGAGGAAACAAUAAUAGGAAGCAAUUAGUUAAGGAGAGUGUAUGCCACAUGUUGCAAAUCAGUGGAGAUUGAUAUAAUUAGAAUAAUGGUUGAGUAAAUAAACAUGUGGCGAGACAUUAGUGCAACAGCUAUUCAGGCACCUCUGGGCACUUACCAACAGUAUCCAGCAUCUGGCCCUCCUGCGCCUGGUGGUCCGGCGGUAAAUCGUUGGAACGUGCCUGGUCAGAGAUCUUCAUAUUCCCUGCCACAUCCAGCUCAUGCCAACAGCAAUAUGCGAUGGCAGCAUUUCGAUGGGCCAUCUUCCCAUACUCUGGCGCAUUCUCCGUCUUUUCAGCACAUUCCAUUGGCCCAUGGGCCUGUAGAUACGACUCGGCAGGUCAAAGCAAGGCCGGCUUCAAUGUACGAUACUCCACAGCAGUCUAGCUACUUACCGAGUUUUCUCCUCUCUGGUAUAACCAAAUCUAGCAAAACAUCAAAAAAUAAUCAUCACCAUCAGCAGCAAAUUGGAUUCCAUCAUGGUCAGCAGCAUUUACGUCAGGGCCCUGGAGAAUUGAAAGUGGAUCCCGAACUGAUUUUCACAAAACAAGAGAGAAUUGGAAAAGGAUCUUUCGGGGAAGUGUUCAAGGGCAUAGAUAACCGAACACAACAGGUUGUCGCCAUAAAAAUAAUUGAUUUAGAGGAAGCCGAAGAUGAGAUUGAAGACAUCCAACAGGAAAUUAUGGUGCUGUCACAAUGCGAUUCCCCAUUUGUUACGAAAUACUACGGAUCGUAUCUCAAGGGUACAAAGCUAUGGAUCAUUAUGGAGUAUCUGGGUGGUGGAUCAGCCCUGGAUCUCAUGAAAGCUGGUUCUUUUGAAGAGAUGCACAUCGCCAUCAUUUUGCGUGAGGUACUCAAAGGUCUAGACUAUCUGCACUCUGAACGGAAGCUUCAUCGGGACAUCAAGGCAGCCAAUGUUUUACUGAGUGAAAUGGGGGAUGUGAAGCUGGCAGACUUUGGAGUUGCGGGGCAAUUAACCAAUACAACUUCAAAACGCAAUACUUUUGUAGGGACUCCAUUCUGGAUGGCACCUGAAGUAAUAAAACAAUCAAUGUAUGACUCUAAAGCGGAUAUCUGGUCAUUAGGCAUAACAGCUAUUGAGCUGGCCAAGGGAGAACCACCUAAUUCCGAGCUUCAUCCGAUGAGGGUACUCUUCCUCAUCCCAAAAAAUAAUCCCCCACAGCUUACAGGAAACUACACGAAGCCCUUCAAAGAGUUCGUGGAGGCGUGCCUCAAUAAAGAUCCUGAAAAUCGGCCGACUGCUAAGGAGUUACUUAAAUUUGCUUUUAUCAAAAAGGCUAAGAAAAAUUCUUACCUUAUUGACCUAAUUGAUCGAUACAAGAAAUGGAAGUCACAGAAAGGUGAAGAAAGUGAAACGGAAUCAGAGAAUUCAGAUUCGGAAGAAUCAAAACCAGACAGUGACUUGGAUGAACCCUGGAUAAUGACGGUAAAGGGACUCCACAAUUAUAAUAAUUUCAAAGGACCCCCACCAGCUCUAGUCGAAGACACUGUGUCAGUUCCGCUGAUUCACAAUGGAGCCAAUAAUUCGCCAUCUAGGGAUUCUAAUUUAAAUCUGUAUAAAUUAAAUCAAACACGGCCAUCAUCAGCAACCAGCCAGCAGCAGAUUGGAGACAAUCGAAAGGAGCGUGACAGAGUAGAUAUGCAAUCGACUCAAGUACAACAAACAACAACGGAUGCUGCCACAACUCCUGCCAGUGUUCAGGUUAUGAAAGAAAAGCAGGAUAACCAUCACAGUCCACAAAAAGAUACACCGCAGUCGCCCAGUCAGCUGGACUGGGAGUCACGUGAACGAGAAAAAGAUGCCAAAGAGUUGCGUGACAAUAGAAGACUGUCAAAGGAGAUCCAUUUGAAUGAUCGAAGCCACGAAUCCAUGGUGGCUCAACAGGAAGACAAGCGUAUCAAUUUACGACGUGAUUAUCGCGACAGCAAAGAGGCUCUAUCACCGGUCGGAGGACAUAGUACAAGUGCUGCUGGUGGUAUUCCAGCCAAUGCUACAUCUCCAAACUCCGUGACUGUCUCCAGCGCUUCUUCUUCCUCGCCAACCUCCCACAGCAAUGCGGCAAACGGCAACGCGACUGGCAACAGUAUUACUCCCAUCACGAAUAUGGCAAAGACUGGAAAUCGUGUGAAUAGUUCGUGUCUCAAUAAUUUCAUCUCACCACUCUUGUCAGAAUUACAGCGAAAGUAUCACUACUCAAGCCAAAAUCCAUCGGCAUUGGAUGUUGUGGACUUGAAGGCGGCCUUUGAGUUAGCCGAAAGGAGCAGUCCUGGUGUCAGUGAUCUCUUCGUAAAGGAAAUCAUCCACAAAUUGGUGCCCGGCUUUUCAGAAACGCGAAUUAAUACGCUUAUGGACAAAGUUACGAGGGACAGGAAAUAAUAGGAAAUGAAUCUACAUCAGAUUCAAUUAGCAAAUAGUUGAAGUAUGAAUGGAAUUUAUUGUUAUUAUUGCUGCUAUAAAUUGAGAAGACAACAACAAAAUAGAGACAGAAAUAUGAAAGAAACAAAUAUUUAAAAAGAUUAUUUAGAUAAAAAAAAAGUUUUCUUCUCUUUUUUGUGAAAAAUAUCACAAGUGUUUUUUUUUUAUUGUGAAAUGAUGAUAAAGGCAAUUGCAGAGACUAUUAAAAUCUGUUAAAAAUAAAAAAUUGUUUGAGGAAAAAACUCAAUAUGAGGAAAAUCUUCCAGUAAUGCGUAGAAUAAUAAUGUGAAAAACCCUAUUAUUGAAUAGAGGAUGAUAAAAUAUUUCUAAUUAUUUCAUUGUUUUUAUCAGUUACAAUUAUUGAAAAAAAAAUGAUUGAAAAUAAAUUGCAGAAGCUUCAUAAUACACUAUCGCUGUAAUUUUGUUAACAUUAGUGUGGUAGCACAAUAAAUGUCAGAGCAACGACAAGACCAAUUUUUCACACUCGCUGCUAUACUAAAACAUGUUUACACAAAGCAAUAGACAUUCUGUGUUGCUCAUAAAGUUUAUUAUGGAGAAUAUCUUGACAAUUUUGAUUUAUUCUAUUUUAUAAAAAACAGUGAAAUUCAUACGUUAUAAUUUUAUUCUGCAAAAAAUACACUAUCACAAUUCUUUACUAUAUCCUCAUUGCUUUUUUUAAUGAGUCUUGUUUUAUUUUAUUUUCAUCAAAACAAAACUUCGAACAAUUGUAUAUAAAUCAAAAAAAAGAAAAAGAAAAUGAGUAUAAAACUGAUUUAAAUCCAUGAUUUGCGCAAUUUUUUGGAUUAUCUACAGUUCUCUAAAAUAUAAUCUAAAAUUCUUGGUGAUUGUAUUGAUUUCUUUGUGAACAUUUUCUGCAAAAAGUUGGGAGAAAUACUGUUGAAAAGAAAUGUAUAAUAGAAAAAGCGUUUUGAAGAUUGUGUCUUCAAUAUGAAAGAAAAAUAAAAAUUGAUGUGAAUUUGGUGUGCAAUUCUAAUAAAAAAAUAUGAGAAUAAGACAAAUACUGUAGCUGUUUUCUAGAAUGAUGGUUUUUUUUAAAUUUUAAUUGGACUCCAUGUGACAAUAGAAUUUGACUUAAGUUUUAAAAGAUUUUAUAGAUAAAAAUGAAGAUAAAAAAAAGAUCAAUUUACUUAAGAAAUAACAUAUAAAUUUGCAUCUUCCAUAAAAAUUUUAAUUCGAAAAAAUGUCUAAAAACAAAAAUAAAUUCAGAGAAAUAAUUGUAUUAAAGUUGACUGAUUAAGAGGUGAAAAAUAAGAGCUUUUAGAACUCUUUGUAAUUGAAAAAAUGUUUAAUUUUUAUUAUUUAGUUCCCUGGAUACAAAUACAUGUAACCACACUUUAAUUAUUUUUAAUGAAAAUCGAGAAAAACACUCAGUAAUUGCAGCCAAGCAUUAACAAGAAUGGUAGAAAAUGUUGUAAAUUGUUUUCCUAAAAUCCUUCUUACAAUUGUUGGUUUGUAGUUAGAAUUUGAAAAAGAAAUGAAUUAUUGAGAAGAUAAUGAAGUAAGAAAACAGAUGAAACACAUUAAGCUAAUAGUUUAAAUUGCAAAUAAAUUAAGAAUAAACAAUUAUUUUAAUAUAAAAA